UGUGGAUUCCAGGUAUCAUCUCAGAUGCAGCUGGGCUAUCUCUUGUUCUCACCAGCAUAUUAUGGGCUAUGAAACAAGAGCGUCUGAUGAGCACCAAUCCUAUCAAAUUGCCAGAUGCAUGGAGCAACUCCUUCGGUCAGCAGUCCUUCCUCACAGCCUUUUUGUCAAUGGCAACCAGCAGCAUCAGCCAGCUGGGCCAGGCAAAGUUGAUUCUACGUAACCUUGUGUCGCCUACCUAUCUGUUUCUGGCGCUAAUUCGUGUUAGUGCUGUCUUGUGCUUUAUGUGGCUGCUGAAGACUUUCUAUGCUGAGGGAUUAACAGAGCCGGACGAUGACGAAGAUAGUACUUAUGGUGAGGCAGCUCGCGGAAGCAGCUGGACAUUCUCCGUCAACCCUCUAACAGUAAGACUUGUGUUCAUCUUUGUCUACACCGAGUUUCUGGUCCGGAGUAUGACCAUAUCUACGUAUAACUCUGGCUCCUCGCCUGGUACUGACUGGACGGCUAUUUCUUCGUGGAUAAGGACUAUGUUGUACGGAGCACUUUACGAGGUCCGGGUUUGGCGCGUUGUCCAACUCAGCGUCGUGGUGAUGACGUACAUUUACAAACUCUUUAGUGAGACGGAUGAAUACUGAACACAGUUUGACUCCUACAAGGAAUCUAAAGAUGUUUAUGAGCACGUUUAAUUUGGGGGCGGGGCUGCCUGCGUCGGCCAGUCACAAUUUGAAUAUCUUUUUGGAGUCGUUUCAAAAUUCAGGAGGUGCGCAGUUUGUCUGCUUGCUUGCUGUUUUUACACUAAGAUAUAUUAUACUCACUUAUUAAUGACUUUAACUCUGAUCUCUAGUUUAACUUUAGGGGUAGUCCAUAUUUAAUUAGCCCCAGGCUUCUUUUGGGCUUCCAUUAUUUUUUGUAUUCAUAUUUUAUAUUAAUAUAACUUGUUAUUAUUGUCUUUUUAUAUGAAAAAAAAUUGUAUUCUCUUUCCUGGUUUAACAAAUAAACUGAAACUGAAACAGU